UAAAUAUCAUACUAAUACAUCGUAUAUUUUUCUCUGAAAAUAUAUAGAGAUUUUUUAAAGAACAUAAAAAAAAGGUAUUAAAAAUACUAUUUUAAUACUAUUGUUAAACAUAUAACUAUACUUCUCUAGCAACCGCUUCACUGCAAAAGCUGUGAACAUAUAGAUAAUACGGAAAUCCGGAAGACUGAUUUACAUGCAUUAAUAUUUAUAUACACACACGAUAUAUAUAUAUAUAUAUACAUACAUAUACGUAAACGUCAAGAUAAAUUUUCUUCGUAAAUCUUCGGUACAAUGUUCGAGCAUCAUUGUCAGCACACGGAACAUCUUGCAGAAAAUGACAUCCAUUACAAAGAUGUCGUCAUCGUAGGGAAUGGACCGAGCGGUAUUUGCCUUUCGUACAUGCUGGCUGGAAAUUGGCCCUAUUACACAGGGGAACCACAUCCAGGUGAUGAAAUGCUGACCGCACGACUUGCUAAUGGAACUAGUAGUGGCUUAGCAUGUAACACUCGAUGGGGCCUUGAGACUCUUUCGCUGGGCUUGGAGGGCAGAAAUGGUGGAAGACCGCUGCCACUUUUGAUAGAUCACUUGCAACAUCCAUGCACAGACGCAGGCCUUGAUCUACCACCACUGCUGACAUGGCUUUCUCCUGGCACAGAAAGUGGCGAAGAAGACCACAAAGUAUUUGAUCAUGUUGUCCUGGGCAAAGGCGCACCUGGCGGAGCGUGGCAGGCAAUGGAUCCUAACGUCUUAACAAUCAGCCUCAGCCGGUGGAUGUCCUUACCCGGUCUCGAUAUCAAGACUUGGGAGACGAUGGUCGACGCAGAGCAGCGAGAAGUGCACGAUCAUAGUUUAACGUCAACAGGAACAGGCGAUCAAAUUCCAAAUCCAUUCCUCACUCAAGAGAAGCUUAGCAGCUAUAAAGGACUUGGGCGAGUGCUAGUUGGUACGGUGGCUAGAUACUUCAGGGAUUACGUGAGGAUACAGAAGCUCGAAAAGUACUUUCGAUGUGGGACCACAGUGACUUCUAUAAGGCCUGUAAAUUAUGAGAAAGAUGUCGAUGCAGAGAACGACACAUCAGAUUAUAAAUGGAUAGUACGAGGUGUAGAAAACGAGAGUGGUAAACAAUUUGAGUACCGUGCUAAGAGGGUAGUUCUGGCAACAGGUGCAUCUGACCACUCGAAUCGCUUGGGAUUACCUGGUGAAGAUUCCAACUCCAACUGGCUAACCCACGACUUGAAUGACCUAGAAACAAAGCUCGAUUAUACAGCCGCACAACAAUGUAGAGACAGAUUAGCAGAUCCUGUCCUGAUCGUUGGAGCUGGUCUGAGCGCUGCGGACGCUGUGACCGCCGCUCGUUUCCGAGGUAUUCCUGUUCUUCACGCUUUUCGUCACAACAACAACAAUACAGAAUACUGGUCCAACAAUAAUGACAAGAGAGGAAAAGGUGUUGGAGAGAAUGGAAUAUCCGUCGGCAGUGAUCGACUAAGGUGGCUGCCUCCUUCUAUGUACCCAGAAUAUCAUAAAGUUUAUGAGAUGAUGGCUGACGGAGGGACGAAUUAUCCGCUAUAUCAGGCACUUUCAAAUUAUACUCUCGUCGAUCUUCAUCCAAACUCAAACUGUUCAUCUAAUGGGACGAAACUCGUCACCCUGUGUUCACCAAAUGGAGAACUUCGAUCGUUUGAAGUGUCUGUUGUCGCGAUUCUCAUCGGUUCUCGACCGGAUCUUUCAUUCUUGCAAGAAAGCGGUCUAGGACUGGGAAAAGAUCCAUCAAAGCCUAUAGACGGGCGAUCAAACCCCAUACUAGUUGACGAUUUCACUUACGAAGUUAAUCGAGCACCAGCUAAAGGCCUAUAUGCUCUUGGACCGCUUGCGGGAGAUAAUUUUGUUCGUUUUACUCAAGGCGGAGCAUUCGGCGUCCUAACACAUAUUCUUAACACGACUGGUAAUGUCACGCAUCGAGCUAAAAAGAAAUGAAGUGUCACAGCUGACGAGUGAUGUGUGGAAACGUCCUCGUCAUUCAAAUCCUAUCUUCAUCAAGCAUUACUUACUACCUGAUGCUGGUACCUCGGGGCACUAUUCACUUAUUUGCUCAAAGUGUGUAUAGUGCUAAAUAACGUAAUAUACUACCGUGACUCAAUUGUCAUCAAAUUUGUUGUUAUCCAAAUUGUAAAUACUAUUUGGAAUAUAAGCAUUUAUAUAACAAUAUCGCAUAUUAUAUAUACAUGUACAUAUAUAUAUAUAUCUUUUUUAAAUAUAUUAUUUUUGUUUUCCAUUACUUUUUACAUGAUUAUUAUUAUUAUUUUUGGAUCACGCGUUUUUUAUACGCAGGCUAUUUAUUUGAACAUAUAAGAUAUGUUUACAUAAUUGAGCAUAUUCGAGUUGAUGCUUUUUUCAUAUAUUUUUGGACUGAUCCAUCAGUGAGUAUUUUAUUCAGAUAUUGGAUACGAACUGGCAUUGUUGAAAAGUUUCAUUAAUAAUAUAGAUUAUAAAAUAUAUUUAUUAAUCUGUGAUAUUCUAGAAGACACGAUACUUAGCACUGCUUUGGAUUUCACAAAAUAAUUUAUGAAUCAACCAAUGACAUUAAACUAUAUUUAUUAAA